AAAUGCACGGAAGAUGUUCGAAAUGUCUUUACUCUCACGUGGAAGACUUCACGAAUCCGUACCAAAAUAGCUCUAAUUUCUUACUUUAAGUUGCAAGAUUAUAAUAAUACCGGAACAAAUCAAAAAUUAAUUUGAAUAAAUAAGUGAAGAAUUUCUUACACGAUUAUAGCAUUUCGCUACCUAACAAGAAUACGGUCAAAUUAGUCGAUCUAUUUCUUUUCUUUUGCAUAGUGAUUGAUCAAAUUAUAAACCUCCGCAGGCACCUCCUCCAGCCACCAUCUCCAUCACGCCACCAGGCUGCUUGAUAGUUGAAGGAACGAUGCAUCUAUAGAAAGGCGACCUCACAAUUUCAGAAUUACUGCCUUUGGAUCCAACCCCUUUAACACCAGACUACAAGCAACAUAAAAAAAGACAAAUAUGGAGGCAAACUUGGUCCAACUGGUGGUUGCAGCACUAAUUUCAGCUAUAAUUGCUGCCAGAGCUUAUAAAAAGAAGUCUCUUAACUUCUCUGGGGCUAUUCUUGGUUUCACUGUCAUGACCAUUCAUAUUGCUGUCAAUUACAGGUUUGGAGUUGUGUUGCUCGUUUUCUUUUUCACUUCCUCUAAGUUCACAAAAUUUGGAGAGGAUAAAAAGCGAAAAGUUGAUGCAGAUUUCAAGGAGGGUGGUCAACGCAAUUGGAUACAAGUUCUAUUUAAUAGUGGCAUUGCAACCAUUUUAGUCUUGAUUGCUUGGAAGUUAGCAGGAUCAAAAGAUAAUUGCCUAAAUUCAAAAGAAUCAAGUCUUAUGACUGCUCUAAUGGGUGGUAUUAUUGGGCAUUAUUGCUGCUGCAAUGGAGACACCUGGUCAUCGGAGCUUGGAAUUCUUAGUGAAGAGCAACCUCGAUUGAUCACAACCUUCAAGGUUGUUGGUAAAUCAGGACCGACUGUCAAGAAAAUUUCUGGUCUUAGCAUACUCGAUAACAAUGCUGUGAACCUUGUCUCGGUAUUUCUGACUGGUGUACUGACUUCUAUUGCUUGCUUAAUUAUAUUUUGAGAUAUGUAAUUCAAAUGAAUGAUAUUGUCUCUAUUUAUUUAGAGUUACGCAUGAAUCAUGUUGUAUAAGUUUACGAUCAAUAAAAUGCUAGAGAAUUCCUCUUUAGAUCAUAUGCAAUUUUCGAACUUCUAA